AUGGACCACACUCAAAUGCACGAUGAAGAUUUCCUUCCGGGCACCACACGGCUGGUAGAAGAUGUUGAACAAGCCCAAAACCCCAACCUCCUCAAACACGGAAACAUCGUUUUAGAACCUCAGCCUACCUCAUCACCUCUCGAUCCGCUCAAUUGGUCCCGUACACGAAAAUAUUGGCAUGCUUUCCUAGUUUGUUUUAUCACAGGUCUGACGGCUGCUACCUCUAACGACGCGGGCUCGGCGCAAGAUGGUAUGAAUGCAGAAUACGGAAUUACAUAUGAUGCAAUGAAUACUGGGGCUGGAGUUUUGUUUGUUGGAAUUGGUUAUUGGACUUUGUUGAUCUCGCCUGCUGCGUGGUUAUAUGGAAGAAGAGUCACAUAUAUCAUUUGUUUGACGCUAGGAGUUAUUGGUGCUAUAUGGAUGGCGCGUGUGCAAUCUACAAGAGACUCGAUCUGGAAUCAGCUUUUUGUGGGAGCAUCUGAAGCGUGUGCCGAAGCCAAUGUGCAGCUUUCCCUUUCGGAUUUAUUCUUUCAACAUCAAAGAGGUAGUGUCCUAGGUAUUUACGUUUUGUCGACUAGUAUCGGUACCUACUUAGGUCCAAUUAUUGCUGGAUAUAUUGCUGGCGGACCUCUAGGCUGGCGAUGGAUUGGAUGGUGGUCCGUCAUCAUUUCCUCCUGCACCAUCGUCGUGUGUUACUUUACCCUCGAAGAAACAAUGUUUGACCGACCCGAAUCUGCAUACGAAGUCCCAAUAAACGGGAUUGGAUCCCAAGCAAAGGUUGACGAAACUCCAUUUCGCAACAUCAACGAGAAGGAAACAGCUCUAGAAACGACCCCCUCCGACACACCUCCCAUUUCACCUUCUCCAGUCCCCGCCAAAAAAUCCUUCCGUGAACGCAUCCAGCUAAUUACGCCUGCAUCUAAUCUCAAAGGAACGGGAUUUAAACAAUACUUUUCGCGUCUCUUCCACACCCUCCGCAUCUUCACUUUCCCCGCUGUCUGGUACAGUGGCUUGCAAUGGGGCGCCCAAGACGCUUGGCUCACCUUCUACCUUACACUCGAAGAAGAUAACUGGACUGAUGCUCCUUGGAACUAUUCUACUAUUGGUUCUGGUCUCAUGAACGUUCCUUGUUUGAUCGGCGCCAUUAUUGGUUGUUUCUGGGGUGGUUACCUUUCCGAUGUUUUUGUACUUUGGUAUUCUAAAAGAUACCGCCAUGGUAUUCUCGAAGCCGAGGAUCGUCUCUGGAUGAUGUACCCAUGUGCUAUCUUUUCACCCUUGGGGAUGUUUAUCUUUGGUCUCGGGACGGCGUAUAAGUGGUCAUGGCCGGCUCCAUAUGUAGGACUUGGGUUUAUCGGUUUUGGAUGGGGUUGUGCGGGAGAUUUGUCGAUGUCUUACCUCAUGGACGCAUAUCCCGAAAUGGUACUCGAAGGAAUGGUGGGAGUUAGCGUCAUAAACAAUACAAUCGGAUGUAUCUUUACAUUCGCAGCAAGUUAUUGGUUGGAUACAGGAGUUAAACAGACAUUCAUCGCGAUUGGAGUCUUAGAUUUUGUAUUCGUUAUGUGUACAUGGCCAAUGAUGCGCUUUGGAAAGAGCUGUAGAAGAUGGACCAAAGGAAGAUAUUUGGAUUUUGUGAGGAGUAGGGAUGCUUUAUGA